AACACAUCCCUGCCUUAUAGUGGGAUGUUGAGGUCUCAUGUGAUAUAUUGAAUGCUGGAUUGAGAGUGAAAGUAGCAUGGCUGUGUGGGUAUUUGUCAUUAUUGGGUGUUUUACAUAUUUUGAGGUACGGUGCUUACUGAAUGGGUUAUCACCACCGAAAAAUUAAAGGAGCAUGAGUUGGAGGCUAUCUUAUAGUGAGUGCUUCGUGCCACGAAGUACAUAAAUCACAUAUGCAAGCCGUCAGGAGCUAUGUUUGUAGGUGUGAGCCCACACAUUGAUUUUUAAGAUCACGCUUGUACACAGAAAGCCUGCUAGGAUACAUUGGCGUUCCAUAGUCUCUGGUCUUAAUUUUGCUUGUCUAGGAAAAAUCCAUAGGUAUGUGGGUAAUUAAGGAAGUGCAAUACAUAUUUAAAGAAGGAGGUGACGGAGGUCCAUGCUCCCCGCACAUAGACAAGAGCUUACAGAUGUGUCAGGGCUCGGCUUCAACACACAAGUACCAAAGCACUCAGCCAUUAUGAAGCAGGCUUAGGAGUUUGGCCAUCUGUUGUUAACAGUGAGUUAUUUUAUCCCAAUGUCUGCUGACCCCUGGUCUGAUCCUUCUCUUUUUCCCUCCCCCUGACCUCUUGCUUUCUGGGAAGAGAGAACCACAGUGAGAUUGAGCGGCGCAGGCGAAACAAGAUGACUCAAUAUAUUACGGAGCUCUCCGACAUGGUUCCCACCUGCAGUGCACUGGCCCGGAAGCCAGACAAGCUCACCAUACUGCGCAUGGCGGUUUCACACAUGAAGUCCAUGAGGGGCACCGGAAACAAAUCUACUGAUGGUGCAUACAAGCCUUCCUUCCUCACUGAGCAGGAGCUGAAACAUCUCAUCCUUGAAGCCGCUGAUGGAUUUCUGUUUGUGGUGGCAGCGGAGACAGGAAGAGUAAUCUAUGUGUCUGAUUCAGUCACUCCUGUUCUGAACCAGCCACAGUCAGAGUGGUUUGGGAGCACUCUCUACGAACAGGUACACCCAGACGACGUGGAGAAGCUGAGAGAGCAGCUGUGCACUUCAGAAAACUCCAUGACAGGCCGCAUCCUGGACCUGAAGACUGGGACAGUGAAGAAGGAAGGACAGCAGUCAUCCAUGCGCAUGUGCAUGGGCUCUCGGCGCUCCUUCAUCUGUAGGAUGAGGUGUGGAAACGCCCCCUUGGACCACCUGCCUUUGAACAGAAUAACCACCAUGCGGAAAAGGUUCAGGAAUGGCCUUGGCCCUGUGAAAGAAGGAGAAGCCCAGUAUGCUGUGGUCCACUGCACAGGUUACAUCAAGGCUUGGCCACCAGCAGGAAUGACCAUCCCCGAAGAAGACGCUGAUGUAGGCCAAGGCAGUAAAUAUUGCCUUGUGGCAAUUGGGAGGCUCCAGGUGACCAGCUCUCCUGUGUGCAUGGACAUGAGUGGCAUGUCAGUGCCCACGGAGUUCCUGUCCCGGCAUAACUCUGAUGGGAUCAUCACAUUUGUGGACCCAAGAUGCAUCAGUGUGAUUGGCUACCAGCCCCAGGACCUUCUGGGAAAGGACAUUUUGGAAUUCUGCCACCCUGAGGAUCAGAGCCACCUACGGGAGAGCUUCCAGCAGGUGGUUAAGCUGAAGGGCCAAGUGCUGUCGGUCAUGUAUCGGUUCCGCACCAAGAACCGGGAGUGGCUGUUGAUCCGUACCAGCAGCUUCACCUUCCAGAACCCCUAUUCCGAUGAGAUCGAGUACGUCAUCUGCACCAACACCAACGUCAAGCAGCUGCAGCAACAGCAGGCAGAACUGGAGGUACACCAGCGAGAUGGGCUAUCAUCGUAUGACUUAUCUCAGGUCCCUGUACCCAACCUACCUGCCAGUGUUCAUGAGGCAGGGAAGUCUGUGGAAAAGGCAGAUGCAAUCUUCUCCCAAGAGAGAGACCCCCGUUUUGCUGAGAUGUUUGCAGGCAUCAGUGCAUCGGAGAAGAAGAUGAUGAGCUCAGCAUCAGCAUCAGGCAGCCAGCAGAUCUACUCCCAAGGAAGUCCAUUCCCUGCUGGGCACUCGGGCAAGGCCUUCAGCCGAGAGUGGACAGAGUGGCGGGCAAUUCCAGGGCCGGCCCUCGGAGGUCUGGUCUCAGUGGCAGAGCCAGCACCACGGACAGCAGAGCGGUGAGCAGCACUCCCACCAGCAGCCUGGCCAGACUGAAGUGUUCCAGGACAUGCUGCCCAUGCCGGGGGACCCGACGCAGGGGACUGGCAACUAUAACAUCGAGGACUUUGCUGACCUGGGCAUGUUCCCUCCAUUUUCUGAGUAGCUUCAGGCAAAACCAGGCUCCUACUCCCCAGGAGCUAUUCUUGUCAUGGCAUAGAUGCCCAUGUUCAAAGGGGGGCCCCUCACCCAGCUUGCCCUGCUGCAGAAUCCCCAGAAGUCCCCCUUACUCCCUAUCUCCCUGGACAUGGCAUCAUCUGGCUCUAACCCACAGGCCUGGCUUCUUGGGUUUGGGACCUUUGUAUUUAUUGUACUUUAUCUGUGUGCUCGGAAGGGGGCCUCCAGGGUCCAUAAAUUCCAUUGUGAAUAAUGUCUAAAUGGACAAUUUACACCCAUCAAGUGUUUGCCUGGCAUCCACAGUGGCUGGCAGCACCAGCAGGUCUGCCUGGUGCAGAAGCUGGGUUUCUUUCUGCUUUUUCACAGCUGCUGCCUGGGGUCUUCAGGUAGGACUGAGAGGCAGUAACUGUGUGUCCUGUGCUGGAGCCAGGCACACAGGGGCCUGAGUGAGAUUCCCACCACUCGCUGUCCUUGAUGGCCUGGGGCCAGGUGUGCUUUGUGCAGUGAGAAUCAAAGUUGUGACUUGGUAGAUGUACUGUGGUGUGUUGGUGUGUGUGGCCAGUGAGAGUGAGAAGCUGUCCCCACUCAGUUGUAUUUGAAAGGAGAGCACUACAGGAGCCUGGGAGCUGGGCUGACAACCAACCUUCCAGGAGUCAGGGCUGGGGAGCUGUUCAUGGUGUAAGUCAUUUCUUUGGUCCGCUGGCCCUUUUACAGACAGCCUCCACUUAAAGUUCCUAGCCCUUCCUUCUGGCGACCUAUGAGAGCACUCAGUCUUCUCUCACUAGGCCUGAGGGACAGUGUCCUGAUUCCAUGAAGAUCGUGGCAUCCUCCCUGCUGUGCAGCAGAGCUGAGCUAUUUCCUGCCUAGCUCCUUCAGGAAGUCACACCUGGCCCUCUGUAUGGGUUCGAUGCCCUGCCUCUCAGUGUCUCUGACACCUUCUGCUCAAUAAGGCCCCUAGGAAGACGGGGCCACAUUCUGGAUGGAGAAGUGUGUUCUGGGGGACCUGAGCCUCCAUCCUCAGCAGGCCGCAGAGCCAGGAGUAUCUCAGAACAGACACAACCAGGCCUUGGAGGCCAGGGACUCGGCUCUGGCCACCCUCUUAUAGUGGUCUUAAGGUGGAACUUUGAGCUAACUUGUAGAAAUUUCUGUGUGGUUUAUCUCUGACACCAGAGUCCCCGUGUCAGUCAGAUUUGACAGAGCUUCAGAUUCCAACCCAUUUUCAAGUCCCAGAGCUCCUCCCACAUCCCAUGUGCUACAGCUAAUGCUCCCUGCCUCCCUUUACAUAAUGAAGCCUCAUCUCAGGUGUCUCAUCACCAUGGAUCAACCCAAGUGUAAGAGAAGCCACAGAACUGCCUUAGGCAGGCCCUGGGGUCCUUCGAAGCUCUUUUAGGAACCCCUUGUUUGAAUGUGGAGGUGCAAGCUCCUGAAACAGCCCUGCCUUGCAGCCUGGCUCCUGGGAUGCUGGGAGUAUAAUAGGUUCCAGGAUCCAUAAGAGCAGAAGGAGCAUGUGGAUUAAAGGCCUGGAAGAGUAGCACUGCGUUCCAAAGCUCAGCUUUGCCUACCAUCCAGGGAGCACCAGUUUUCUUAUAGGACUCACCUGCAAACUCUGCUUAGCUCAGCAGGAAUACCUUGGGGAUCCCUGUCCGUAACAAACUCUGGCCCCAAUGGUCCUCAGACAGCUUUUAACCCUUCCAUGGAGACUAAUAACACAGUCUAAGGUCCAUCCCAGCCUCAGAAUCCCGAAGAGGUCUCCUAUGUGUGCUGCUUGGUACACCUUCUGUCCCAAGCAGCCUGGAGCUGGCCUCAGUUGGUGAGCAUAAGUUAUAAAAGAGAAAAAGGCCCAAAGCUAGCUUCAGGGGCAAAGAAUGUUUUUCAGUGACAAAAACCAGCCAUGGCCUUUAACUUAUGAAUUAAAAAGUGUGGGAGCUGUGAGUUUGGGUUUUUACUACCUUUGGAGGAAAAUUGGGGCUUUUCUUGGGUGUAUGACACAGGUUACAUGGAGUAUCCCUCUCCAAUGUGAGACCACCUGCUUUGUGAGGGCUAUGGCCUAUCAUACAAGCAAAAACAAGUCAUUUGCUAACCAUCAGUAACAAGGCAAAAUUGCAACCCUCUUUGUAUGUGACCAUGGGUUGCUAUGUCCUAACUUGCCAGUCUACCCUACCCUACCCUACCCUACCCUUCCCCAGUGCCACCACUGGGGAAACUGAAGCAGGAAAGGUCAUGAGCUCAGGAGUUGGUCUUGACCAACCUGGGCAACAUGAUGAGACUAAUCUCAAAAAUAAAUAUAUAGCUGAGUAACUUGGCCAUAUUCUAUGUAAGAAGGCCAUAUUCUAUGUACUGAAGAGGUAGCUCACAGGGCAUGGACACAUUUCUACAUGUGACAUGCCAUGUCUUGUGCCCUGAGCUGAAUUUGUUCAGGCAGCUUGCAAAGCCUUGUGGGUACAGGCUGCAGCAACAUAGAGCUGUUCACAGGCCAUGCAGGGCCCAGCAGUUUGCUUUGUCUAACCAUCUAUUUCCUUAAAGAAAAAGAUUCCCAAGCAGGCUUCCACGAACAGCAAGCACUUACUCAUCUCUCUUUUAGCCUUUCCUCUUAAUGGAUGUGAACUGUGCCGUGGGUAAAUCAUUUGUAUUUCUUAAGCGUUCUGUAUGACUAACAGGUAUUAAGUCACUGGGUAUGUGUAUAACUAAUGUAACUGCCUUUUAAAUUUUCAUUACAAUAAAAAAUGACUUUGCUCUGAACAGUGA